UCAGCCGCGAGCUGGCAGCCUGGGACAGAGACUGGAAGCGGCGGGGAGAUGGGGGCGGCGGCCGCAGAGGCCGACCGCACUCUGUUCGUGGGUAACCUGGAGACGAAGGUGACGGAGGAGCUGCUCUUCGAGCUGUUCCACCAGUAUUUGAAACAGAGAGACAGUCUUUUAUAGCCUUGGUAGCCUUGGAACUCCGAGGCUGACUUUGAGCCGAUCCUCCUGCCCGCACCUCUUGACUGCUGACACUACAGGCUGGACCAGUAAUCAAGGUGAUAAUCCCAAAAGAUAAAGAUGGCAAACUGAAGCAGUUUGCGUUUGUGAAUUUCAAGCACGAGGUGUCUGUUCCUUAUGCCAUGAAUCUUCUCAAUGGAAUCAAACUUUUCGGGAGGCCUAUCAAAAUUCAGUUUAGAUCAGGAAGUAGUCACGCUUCUCAGGAUACCAGUGUGUCAUACUCCCAGCAUCACGUUGGAAAUGUAAGCCCUACCUCCACAUCUCCUAACAGCUAUGAAAGGAUGGUGGGUAACGUGACUCCAUCAGCGCAGAUGGUCCAGAGGUCCUUUUCUUCUCCAGAAGAUUAUCAGCGGCAAGCAGUGAUGAACAGUGUUUUCAGACAGAUGUCAUAUGUUGGGAAAUUUGGUUCUCCACAUGCAGAUCAGUCGGGAUUUUCAGCAUCAGUUCAACCACAUGGUCAUAGCUUUAAUCAGUCUUCCAGCUCCCAGUGGCGCCAAGAUGCACUAUCAUCCCAGCGGAAAAGACAGAAUUCUCACCCCUACCUAGCAGACAGACAUUAUAGCCGCGAGCAGCGCUACGCUGACCACGGGUCUGACUAUCAUUACAGAGGAAGCCGAGAGGAAUUCUACUAUGAUGACAGGAGUCAUGAUGGCUGGAGCCAUGACUAUGAUAACAGGAGGGACAGCAGUAGAGGUGGGAAGUGGCCCUCAUCUCGACAUUAACGAGCAUUCCAAGGACAUUGUUUACAGGGCCAUUUUAGGUCCUUUUAAUUAAGUUGUUCCAGAAAUAUUUCUAGAAGUUAUCCAGAGUAGCCCCACAAUUUUCUACCUGUCUUUGAAAAAAUUUUUUUAAACAUAGCAGCAGUUUCAUAGAGAACUGUGGCUCCUCGUUUGUUGCUCUAAUUGCUUUACCUUCGGGUUUCUGAAGAGGGAGGGUUUUAUACAAAAGAGUGUGUCACCAUUCUGGUCACUUCAGACAGUCCAGGAGAGAUGAGCUGUAUAGAUUGGUUGUGCUUUAAAGCAAGUAUUUUAAUUAUCUCACCCUUUUGUGUUGCAAGACAUUUCUUGGUAAUGAAUCAUUUUGGUGUGUAUAAUAGGAAGCAUCCAAAUCCGUAGUCUGACAUGGCUGUCUGCAUUUUGUUAAUAAAUGAGAAAAUAGAACUUCUCAGUAAUCCAUUUAUUAAUAGUUUACUUAAAACAGUUUAUUGCUUUUGUUUGGGGAUAAAUCGUAUUUCCUAACUCAGAAUUUAAGUACAAAUUCUGUGGUAUGCUCUUGAAUUUUAUCACGAUUGAACAUACAUUAAUGAGUCUAUACUAGUUCAUUCUAAGAACUUUGAAAUUCAUUAAUUAUAUUUGAUGUAUGACUAGUCACUCAGGAAGUUAAAUAUCUACAUAUAUAUUUUUUUACAUAAAAGACAGUGUUAAUGAAAAUUCUUUUUAGAGGAACAAUGAUGUUAAUACAUAGAGAAAAUGGCAAAAUGUUUCACUACAAGGGUUAUAAUUUUGAAGUUCUGUUUAACAAAACUUCCAUGCUUCAAGAUCCGAUGCUCUUUCACUGCAAAAUCGUUUUUAAGAAUUCAUUCUGUGAAAAAUGUAGAUCCUCUUUAUACCACAGUAUUAAUACUAUGUUCCUUUUAAUAUAUUAAAUACAUAAAAAGAGAA